AUGGAGGACAGUAGAAGGUGGAAGAAUGUGAAGGUGCGCGGCCUAACUAACAACAUAGAGGCUGCUGAAAGUCCACACUUCUUCAGGAGUAUGCUGUUAAAUCUCUUUAAUGCCAAACAAGCUAAAGCUAUGCUGUUGGAUGGCUGCUACAGAAGAAUACCUGUUUCACCCAAAACCACAGCGGAGACCAGCAGAAAUGUCAUUAUCUGCUUCCAGAAUGGGCAAGACCGCCUGACUUUCAUGACAGUAGUUCGCAACAAAUCACCCUACAAGUUUGAAGACCGCACUUUAACGUUCUUCCCAGAUCUCUCGAAGGCCACGUUGGACAGGCGGAGAGCCUUGUGA